AUGCAUUCUUCAGACCCCAAAGUAGUGGUUGCCUCUUCUAACAAAAAUAAAUUUCGCCUUCCAGACUUUUGGCAACACGCGCCAGUAAUUUACCUUCUGCGUAUUGAGGCCACCUUCCUCUCGGCCAUCAUUACCCAAGAGAUAGACAAGUAUUAUAAGUUGGUUGAAACCCUUCCUCCCGCCAUCCUUUCUCAGGUCCAAACAUUCCUUCUAGAUCCUCCAGCUGACGCGCCCUAUUCCAAACUUAAAGCUGAACUUCUUCGUCUGACCACCGUUUCCGAUGGUCAACGUUAUCAUACGCUAGUGAAAGAAGAGGCUUUGGGCAACCGCACACCUUCGGAACUCCUGCGUCGCACGCGUUCUCUUAGUAGCAACAUGUCCGUUGACGACAAGUUCUUCAAAGCCAACUUCGAUGCAAACAAACUUGGCCUCCUGCUCUUCUGAUCUAGACAUCUCGAAACUCGCCGGAAUGGCUGAUCGAGAUUGAGCGUCUAUCUUCCUCGACGAUUGCUCAGGUUUCACAACCGUUCCUAGUCCCCAUCUCUGACUUGGCCGAGGUCAAGGCACAAUUAGCCCAAUUAUCGACAGCUGUUGUCACUUUGCCGCUGCGCCGCUCUCCUGGCCUUUCUUGCCGUACCUUCUUACGAAACCGUCAUCGCUCCCGUUCUAGACCUAGGACUACCACCCUGUGCUGGUAUCACGUGAAUUUUGGAAAUAAGGCUCGACGUUGUGUCCCCCCUGCUCUUUCAAGUCUCCGCAGGGAAACACCCACCGGCCGCGAGUAAAUGAGACCGAGCUCUCUGGCAACCCCACCGACAGCACAUUUUAGGUCUGCGACAGUACGAGUGGUAAACGUUUCUUUAGUCCUUCUACCCCCUCGUCCUCCUCCUCGUCCUCGUCCUCCUCCUCCUCCUCGUCCUCCUCCUCCUCCUCCUACACGCCCUCCUCCUCCUCCUCCUUCCAGAGUAAUUUCUUCUUGUCAGAAAUGCAAACUGCUGGCACAACGUGAAUUUAGGCGAUAAGUCUCCGCGUUGUGUCCCACCCUGUUCAUUCAAGUCUCCGCAGGGAAACCUCCCGGCCGGGGGAGUAAAUGCGACCGAGCUCUCUGGCAACCCCACCGGCGGCACAUUUUAGGUCUGCGACAGUAUGAGUGGCAAAGGCUUCUUUAGUCCUUCCACCCUCCUCAUCCUCCUCCUCCUGCUACUCCUCCUCAUCCACCUCCACCCCCUUCUCCUCCUCCUCCUCCUCCUCCUCCUCCUCCUCCUCAUCAACCUCCUCCUGCCCUGCCACUCCCCACGCGUAGUAAGUGGACGCAUCGUGCUGUAUCAUGCACAAAAAUAAAUGAAUAAAAUGACAAGGGACAGGUGUAGAUGCCCAUUCUUCAGUAACUAUUACUAGGAACAAAAAGAAGAGGGCCACUACUUGAAAAAGAAUCCCAGAGUAAUUUCUUCUUGACAGAAAUGCAAACUGCUUUGGAGGAUAAAUUCGAGUGGCAAGCGUUUAUUUAGUCGACACUGCUGCUCAAAUCAGUGUUAUUUCCUCAACAGCAACUCACAGUCGUUGUCGUAAUCCUGACCUCAUACUUCAGGCCGUCAGCAUCUCGCCAACUGUCAGCCUCGGCAUCCGCUCACUCUCACUGGACAUUGGCUUCCUUCGUCUAUUCCCUUGGGUCUUUGUCGUCGCCAACGUGCCCUGUGCUAUACUUAAUGCACACUUUCUUGCCCUCCUUGAUCUUCUGGACGACUGUCGUCAGUCACAUCUACAAGACCAGACCACAAAGCUGACCGUCCGAGGUAUCUCUUCGUCUGAAGUGUCCCGCUGACUUGCCGUCCUGAACCCUGAACCUGCGAAUCCAUUUCGACAACUUCUCGCCAAAUACCCUGGUUUCACUCGUCCAAACUUCAGCGCAACUGUUCCACCUCACAAUGUUGUUCACCACAUCCGAACCACUGGCCCUCCCGUGUUUUCUCGGCCACGCCGUCUCGCGCCUGCACGUCAUGCUGCCGCCAAGGUCCAGUUUGAGCACAUGCCUUAUGUGGGCAUUCUUCGUCAAUCUGAGAGCGCAUCGUCCCUUCUUAUUGGUUUCCCAGGCUGCUUCAGGUGACUGGCGCCCCUGCGGUGACUACAAGGCCUUGAACAGCGUAACUAACUCGGACCGCUAUCCUGUUCCGCAUCUUCAGGAUUUUACCGUAGCCCUUUACGUCAAAUCUGUGUUCUCGAAGAUCGACUUGAUCUGUGCUUUCCACCAGAUUCCCAUCGCUCCGGCGAACAUUCCAAAAACGGCCGUCACUACACUCCUUGGCCUCUUUGGACUCCGCAACGCCUCACAAACAUUCCAAAGAUUCGUAGACAAAGUACUUCAUGGCCUACCCUUUGUUUACGCCUAUAUCGACGACCUUUUGAUUGCCAACUCCUAUGCCAAAGAACACAUGGAGUAUCUUUAAACGCUGUUUAACCGCUUCCAAAAAUUUGGCGUCGUUCUCAACCUGUCCAAGUGCAUUGACUCCCCCGAGGUCCUCGGACAUAUGGUUGACUCUAGGGGCAUUUAUCCGCUUCCCGCGAAGGUUGCGGCCAUCUGUGACUUCCCUUCUCCCUCUCCCAAACGUCAGCUCCAGCGAUUUCUGGGUAUGGUAAAUUUUUAACGCCGGUUCCUCCCGCAUUGUGCCGACCUUACUCUGCCGCUCACGAACCUUCCCUCCAGUCCCAAACAUUCGUUCAAGCUGUCUGCAGACACCGUCGCUGCUUUUGACAAGAUGAUUGCUGCCCUGGCCGACGUCACCCACCCGACGCACUUUUCUCCCGAUGCUCCCAUCGCCCUCAUGGUUGACGCCUUCAAUUUUGCUGUUGGUGCAGUUCUUCAACAAAGUCACCCGGUUUCGACGGUGCAUUUGGCCUUCUUUUCAAGAAAACUCUCUAAGGCCGAAACCCGCUACAGCACUUUAGUGCGCGAACUUCCUGCUGUUUAUCUUGCUGUGAAGUACUUCGGGCAGUUACUUCGAGUUCGAGAGUUCGCCAUUUUCACGGACCACAAGUCAAUUUCCUUCGCACUACACUCAGUUUCCAACAGGCUCAACCCCCGGGAAACCCGUCAACUUGACUACAUCUCUCAGUUCACCUCAGCCACAUUGACGGAUCAGGCAAUGAGGAUAGCUGGCGCAUUAUCCAGAUCCUCCAUCGCUCACCUUCACCUUGGUCCCGGGAUCAACCUUGCUGAGAUGGCAGCGCAACAACGCCGUGCCGGUUCUCCCUGUGAUGGGAAUGUUUCCGGACGCCAACUCGCGAGGAAUUUGUGGGCGUGGACCGUCCUAAAGCUACCGUCCCAGAAGGAGGAUAAAGGAUGA